AAAAAAAGAACAAAAAAGGGAUAAAAACUGAUUUGGUUCGUAAAGAUGGCAUCAAGAUAGUUUCUUCAGAUUUUAUUUUAUGUAUUGUAAUAUUUCUGUUAAUUUUAUAUACAUUUGGUUGAAAGUAUGUUAUCUCAUAUGUAAUGAUACAUUUUAUAUAGAUAAAAUUAGUUGUUAAAAGAAAAGAAAAACGGAUUUGGUUCUUUCUUGAUAAUCUUUAGGAACGAUGGGAUGGAAGAUAGGUAUAGUGUAUUGAUCACACUUUCGGAUCAUGACGCAGCGGAUAGGUUUCAUAAGAAUUUGAAUGGGAGGAAGUAUGCACCUUCGGAGGCUGAGGUGUGUCAUAUUCUAUAUGUACUUACGGUGGAAAAUACUGAGUUUGAUGAGCUUGCUGCUUCUUCACCUGUUGGAUUUACCGAGUUGCCUACUUGUCCUAUCUGUCUUGAGAGAUUAGAUCCUGACACCAGUGGUAUCCUCAGCACUCUUUGUGAUCACUCGUUUCAGUGUUCUUGCACUUCAAAAUGGACUUAUCUCUCUUGUCAGGUUUGUCGAUUGUGUCAACAACAAGAUGAUAUAAUAAGCUGCUCCAUUUGUGGAAAAACAGACAAUGUAUGGGCGUGCCUUGUCUGUGGCUUCUUAGGCUGUGGAAGAUACAAGGAAGGACACUCUAUCAGGCACUGGAAAGAAACACAUCAUUGCUAUUCUCUGGAUUUGCGAACACAACAAAUCUGGGAUUAUGUUGGUGACAACUAUGUUCAUAGGUUAAACCAUUCAAAAAUAGAUGGAAAGUCGGUAGAGAUGAACAGCCGCUGUCUGUCACACGAAGGAGACUGUGGUCUCUGUGAGUGUAGUGAGGAUACAGGGAUUAGCGGUGCCAUCUUCAACAGCAAAGUUGAUUCAAUUGUAACCGAGUAUAAUGACCUUCUUGCAAGUCAGCUGAAGGCACAGCGACAGUACUAUGAAUCUCUGAUUGUCGAGGCGAGAAGCAAGCAGGAAAGUAGUAUUGCUGAAGCAGUUGAGCAGACUGUUGUUAACAAGAUGCAGGAGCUUCAGAAUGAGAUUGAUAAAUGCGAAGAGGAAAAAACUGAAAUCACUGAGGUUAACAGAAAGCUUAUAAAAGAGCAGGAUACCUGGCGGAAAAUGGCUAAGGCAAUAGAAGAGAGGGAAGCUGCAUUGCUGACAUCAAAAGACGAGACUAUAGUUGAUCUUGAAGAACAGAUAAGAGAUAUAAGGAUUUUUGUUGAAGCACAGAAAACACUAAAGAAUAUGUCAUCAGAUUCAGAUGGUAUACGUGAAGGAACCGUCUUACCAGUGCCUAUCAACGAGGAGCCAGUUAAAAGUAGGCAGAAGAAGAAAUCAAACCGUAGAAAGUAAGUGGAAGAUCCGGUUUAGUGAUAUGCUUUUGUUUUGUUGUCCAAAUUGAUCUAAUAUUGGUGCAGUACUAAUGUAGAUAAAACAAUACCUUUUUUGGUUUUGCUUAUCUCUAUAUAUAGUAAAAUGUGAUCAACUCUUCUUCACUUUUUUCAUAAGAUUAUUACACAACUAGCUUUGAAUAGCUGGUUUCAUUAUAUUAUAUAUACACACAAUUACAUAGACGUUGGUGGGACUAUGAUCAACAAUGGGAACCUCUUUUGCAGCUGAGUGCACCAGAUGCUAUAGUUAUCUCACCAACAUUAGAAGACGGUCUAGCAGCUAAGCUUGAGGCUCUCGAAUAGCUUGACGAUUUAGUUGGCCCAGCUCCAGAGAGUGUAAAGAAUGCACCGUUAAGCAUUAGAUCUCCUUCUGAUCUCCAGUUCCAGUGACUCCAUUCGCUUUCGGGCGCAUCCUCAUGCUUUGUCACCU